UUGUGCAUUCUCUCUCUCUCUCUGUCUCGUCUCCUUGCCUUUUACGUCUUCCCAUUUCCUCACACCACCACCAUAUCUUCAACCUUUCAGCCAUUAGUAAUUAGUAAUUAAUUCAUCUCUGUGUAAUUUGGUGAAUGUGAGGAUUCUCACAAGGGUGGUCGGAAACAUGUUCAAAGAAUCGACUGAGCUCCGCCACAUGACGCAUUCCGAUCCCAACAUUUCUGCCACGGCCAGCGCGAGCGACGAUGAAUUCGCCGCCAGAAAUAGUAGCUACUCGGCCUUCGACCCCAGCCGCACUAGCGGCGAGGGCUCACCCAUGAUGAUGUCGCCCUGGAACCAGUCCACCCCCUUCAACAAAUCUCCAUGGCCCAACUUCGAUGAAAGCAUUCCACAAGACAUGCCCAAGAACGGCCUCAUUGGCUCGCUCGUCCGAGAAGAGGGUCACAUUUAUUCUCUCGCUGCAUCCGGGGAUCUCCUUUACACCGGCUCUGACAGCAAGAACAUCCGUGUGUGGAAGAACAUGAAGGAGUUUUCAGCCUUUAAAUCGAAUAGUGGGUUGGUGAAAGCGAUCAUACUCUCCGGUGGGAAGAUCUUCACCGGCCACCAAGACGGGAAAAUUCGUGUAUGGAAGGUUCAUCAGAAGAACCCAAACAUCCACAAGCGUUCCGGGACGUUACCUACUUUCAUCGACAUCUUCAAGUGCUCCAUCAAGCCCAAGAACUACGUUGAAGUCAAGCGCAAUAAAACUGGCCUUUGGAUCAAGCACUCUGAUGCCAUUUCUGCUCUGAGCAUCAACGAAGAGCAUGGCUUUCUCUACUCGGCUUCUUGGGAUCGGACCUUCAAGGUCUGGCGGAUCGACAACUCAAAGUGUUUGGAAUCUGUCAAGGCUCACGAUGACGCUGUCAACUCUGUUGUCGCUGCAUCCGAUGGCUUGGUCUUCACCGGCUCUGCUGACGGCACCGUCAAGGUCUGGCGGCGGGAGAUGACGGGAAAGGCGACGAAACACAACCUAGUUGACACAAUGUUGAAACAAGAAUGCGCGGUGACAGCCUUGGCAGUGGGUGGGACAGGUUCGUUCGUCUACUGCGGGUCAUCGGAUGGGAUAGUAAACUUCUGGUCCCGGGAGAAGCAAUUGUCCCACAGUGGGGUACUUCGGGGGCAUAAGUUGGCAGUUCUCUGCGUGGAGACAGCUGGGAAUUUGGUGUUUAGCGGAUCAGCAGAUAAGAAUAUAUGCGUGUGGCGGAGGGAUGGGAAGGCUCACACGUGCCUGUCGGUGCUAACAGGGCACAUCGGGCCGGUGAAGUGCUUGGCGGUGGAGAAGGAUCGGGAGGCAGAACAACGGUGGGUGGUGUACAGCGGCAGCCUCGAUAAAUCGGUGAAGGUGUGGAGCGUGUCAGAGCUAGGGCCUGAUCUGAAUCAGAUGGGAAUGGGCAUGGGGCAACAGAGUUCUUCCGAGGGUGACGUGUCAUGGAGCUAAGAUUGGUGGGCCCCAGAAAGCGCCACAUGUACUCUCGUCCUGAUCCUAGUGUGGUGACUGGUGGUUUUCAUUUCAACAAAGGAAAGGCAGUGUCAUAUAUGUGGGGAGUAGUAUAUUUAAGAAAAUAAGAAGUUUCUAUUCUAGAAAGUAGUGGAUGCCGGAUUUAUUGUCCUUAAUGAAGAAGGUCAGU